AGUUUUUCUGCACUUCCCCUGACAGAGAGGGGACAGCGAGGUGAAUGGCUUGACGGUUCAUUGUAAAUAAAAACGGAUCCGCGCAGCCGCAAGUGCCAGAGGAGGAUGAUGAUGACAGACUCGGUCUCCGCGGACGACACGCUAACCGAGGAGGAGAGGGAGUUUCAGAGGAUUAUAGCUCUGAUCGGUGGUAAAGAGAGGAUUUAUUUGGUCAGCGAUGCCUGUGAAAGUAAAGAGGCGGACGGGGGUGAUGCCGGGAUAUUACAGGAGUUUAUACACGACAUGUUUCGCAGCAGCGGCCACGCGAACAGCAACGGGCAGCCGCACUGCUCUAACCCAAGCAAUCGCGACGAUACCGCAAGUGAAAGCCACAUCAGCAGCAAUACGGAGACAGCUACAUGCAGCGAAAUACCUCUAACGGUGAAGAGGCCCAAGGAUUUGGAUUUGGGAGAGGACGGGGAGAAGGUGAAGGAGAAGGAAAAGUGGCCGACGCGCAACUGCGGCACUCAGAAAACGGCGACGAGCAGGAUAAACGUUUACAGCCAAAAGCGAGUGAUAGACUCUCCUAUCAUUAUCUUUAUCUUCAGACAGACAUUUGUCAGCAAAACUUCCAACGAAGUUUGCUUAAAAGAGAUCCUGAAGGACGUGAAGGCGCGUACAAAACGUGCCGAGAUCGCCCGGCCGGCUCUGAUUGGAUUAAUACGCGCCAGACAGGAGAGCGCCGAGACGCGCCGGUGUGCGGAACUCCUGGAGCGUCUGAUCCGCUCAGUGUUCCACAAACAUCCACCAGAGACAAUAUGGACUGGCUGUUUCAUCCCGAACACAGAGGACAAAAUGCUCAGCAUCAAGAAAAACGCCUGCAAAGUCAUAUACUCCUCUCAAACAGCAGGUAAUACCAGGGAUAGAGGGAACCCGCUUCUCUGGCCAUUCCAAUGUUUGUUCUGGCCUCGGAGAAGAGGAGCCAGAGGCCACACAAACAACUCUACAACCAGCAGGCAAGCAGGUGACACUGGGAGCGUAGAGGAAGGCAUUCCUCUGAAAACCAAUUCCAUGUCUGUUGGACCUCAUGUGAACAGAGAACCAGCAGCUGGAGGGGACAGCUGAUGUCAGGACACAUGACCUGUGGCUGCAGGCCUAUGGCUUUAGACAAUCCUGCUUUUACAGUCAAGAGAGAAGUUGGCCACAUGGUGCUAUAAAGAAUUACUACAUAUUACAGCAUUUCUUCUUGGUGCUCAAUAUCUACACUGCUGAGCCAAUGUGAUUCUUGUCUUACACAUUGUCUGUGAUCUACAAUGGGUAGUCACUAAAGGGUUAUUGUGUAUGUGCAGAUCAGUCUGUAGAUACAGGUCAGGAGCUUCAGUUAAUGUUCACAUUGGACAUCAGAAUGGGGAAAACGUGAUCUUAGUGACUUUGACUGUGGCCAGACGGGCUGGUUUGAGUGUUUCUGAAACUGCUGAUCUCUUGGGAUUUUCAUGCUCAACAGUUUUUAGGGUUCAUUCAGAAUGGUGCUAAAAACAUCAGUGAGUGUGGUGAAAGUGAGUGAAAACCAUCUUAAAAUGUACAACAUCGAACAGAAACCUUAAAAACAGAUGCAGAAGACUAUAUCUGGCUCCGUUCCUGACACCCAAGAACAGAAAUCUGAGGCUGCAGUGGGCACAGACUCACCAAAAUUGGUCAGAAUUUGGUCUCAAUUUCUGCUGAGGCAGGCAGGCGCUAGGGUCAGAGAUUGGCAUCAAUCGCAUGAAUCCAUGUACCUAACCAGCCUUGUGUCAACAGUCCAGACUGGUGGUGGUGUAAUGGUGUAAUUUUCCGUAUUUCUAUAUUAGUGUUUCACAUUAUCACACAACUAAUCUGGGACCAGGUGAGAUGCUGGUGUAGAAAAACUGACUCACUGAGCAGGAGUAACUGGUAUUUUUUUCACUCACAUUUAUCAGGAUUUUGUGCCUUAGAUCAGUGCUAUUAAGAAUAGUAUUAUCUUUAAUAGAAAUGGAGCAACCUGCUUUUCAGUUAUGUUGUAAUGUAGUCUACAAACUGGUUUGUCUAUUCAUAUAAAUAAACACAUUUAAACCUG